AUGAUCGCCUCCGAAGUCGUCCAGGCCUGGGAGGCCUGCGAUAAAACCGACACUGCCUUCAUCCUCGUGUGCAGCGUCUUUUGCUGGACCAUUGUCCCCGCCGUCGGCCUGGGUUACUCCGGAUACUCCACGCGACGUAGCGGGCUUGCUUCUUUCAUGCCUGCUAUCCUCUCCGUCGGGUGCUGUACGAUACAAUGGACGCUCGUUGGAUACAGUCUGGCAUAUAGCGAAGGAUCAAGUAUCAUCGGAGACCUCAAGUACGCGUUGCACAUUGGAGUCUUGGCUGAGCCAGUUGGGACCAUACCGGCGAUCUUGUUCAGCGAGUUUCAACUGAUCUUUUGCGCGACUGUUUGUGCAAUUGCUAUUGGAGGCGUGUGUGAGCGAGGCAGGCUGCUGCCUCUGAUUCCAUUUAUAUUCCUUUGGGCAACAUUCAUUUAUUGUCCAUUGGCACACAUGGUGUGGUCAGACAAUGGCUUCCUUGCCAAACUCGGCGCAUUGGAUUUUGCAGGCGGGACACCGGUCCAUAUCUGCUCUGGAGCCACCGCGACUGCGCUGUCACUCCACCUCUCCCAUCCAAUCGCCCGGUCGCGCAAGUCAGCGACACGCACACCAUCCCACCUCGCCCUACACCGGCCGCACAACUCAAUGUGCCAGCUCCUGGCAAUGGUGAUCAUCUGGGGCAGCUGGCUUGCAUUUGACGCGGGCACGACCUUAGCACUGAACUUCAAGUCGGUCAUGGCGUUCUGCGUGACGAACCUCUGCGCCUCCGCCGGUGCGAUGACAUGGGCCGGCUUGACCUACUUCGAGACCGGGAAAUGGAGCUUGGAUUCGACGUUUAUGGGCGCGAUUUCCGGACUGGUCCUCAUCACCCCGUCCGCGGGGUUCAUCGACAUGAUCACAAGCUUCUUCUUCGGGAUGGCGGGCGCGUUGAUCUGCAGGCAGGCACUGCGGAUCAAGUCCACCGACUUCGCCAGGCGGGUCAGAUGGGUUGACAAUGGGGAUACGUUUGCGACGCAUUGCGUGGGCGGGUUCGUUGGGACGAUCGCGACUGGGCUGUUCGCGCAGAAACAAGUGGCGGCAUAUGACGGAGCCACCUUCAUCGAUGGAGGGGUAUUCAUUGAUGGGAACCUCAAGCAGCUGUGGAUCCAGAUUGUCGAGGCCGUCAUCGGGUUUACCUGGUCGUUUGUGGGAUCCUACCUGAUUUUUGCCUUGAUUGACUGUAUUCCGGGCCUAGAGGUGCUGGCUGAAGACGAAGAUGUAAUUAUGGGCAUGGAUGCUUCCCAAAUGGAUGAGAGCCUGUAUGAGGCUCAAUGGGAGACUGAAGCCGACUAUCAUCCCUUCGCCAAGGGGCAGUUGGCCCUGGAAUAAACGGGGGAAUUAGAGCUCGAAGACAUCUUUCUGCUAGAGGGUUUAGAAAUAUGACCGCUUAGAACGCUAGAGCACACUUGC